AUGAAAUCAAAAGGCUCGAAGGGAAAACGAGCUCAAGCACCGAUAUCUAGCAGCAAUGUGCCUAAUGUCAGUGAGGCCGAGUGUGAUGAUGUUGGAAUGGAUUCCUCAAGUGGGGAAGAGAUGGAAAUCGAAAAUGAUGGAAGUACGAGCAAGGUGGCUGCUAGUGAUCAUAUUGGUUCAGCUUCGACUCAUAUUGAGUCACCAAUGCCAAAAGGGAGGCGGCUUAGAUCAAAAGUUUGGGUCCAAUUCAGGAGGUAUAAGAAAGACGUCUUAUUCAAGGCAUCAUGCAUCAAAUGCGGGAAGACUUAUGCAUCUAAAUCACAUACAAAUGGAACUAGUGCACUCCGCCAUCAUAUGAGUAAACCGUGCGGUGAUGGAAAAGAGUUGAGCAUGGUGAUGAAGGCUAUUGGCAUCUCCGAUGUUCCACUUCCUCAUAUCAAUACUCCUCGUAUGAGUCCUAAUGUAGAGGCAAGCACAAACACAAAAGGUAGCAUAUGA